AUGGUUGAAGAAGAACACCCAGCUAACCCCCGUGCUGCAGUUCCCAUCGUCUUCAGUGGCAUAUUUGGUCUUGGAAACAUCUUUGUCUUUAGUGGCGUCUUUACUUUCCUUGUGGAAUGCUACCCUUUGUAUGCCGCGAGCGCGCUGGCAGCGAACAGUUUUGCGCGUUCGAGCUUUGCCGCUGCAUUCCCUCUCUUUGGUGUGCAAAUGUACAACAAGCUGGGAUACCAAUGGGCGUCGUCAUUACUGGCCUUCUUGGCCCUUGCCAUGGCACCAUUUCACCCCUUUGGUGGUGGAGAACAGCAAGCUGGUAUUUGGAAACCAGUCAAAGCGUCCAGGUGGGACGAUGGGACCUCGAGCGGCGAGAUGUGA